AUGGAUUCCUCUAAUUCAAGGGCCUUUCAAAAGGCUCCAUCUCAAUACACCCGCGCCUCGUCUCGCGCUUCUAAUAGAUCGGCGACACACCGAAUGGUCAGAAGCCCGGCUCCUCAGCUCGCGCCUUCACCCCAACUGUCCGCCGACCAUCCGACACAUCGAUACCAUCAUAGCCCUUGCCCACCUUCUGUCUUGUCACCACGGUCUACUCCCACGCCCAGGCACACGCCUCAGCUGCCGCGAGAGGGCAGCGUCGAAUCUCCCCGCUCCCGCGCGGUCUCAACAUUCCUGCAAGAGAAGCUGCAGCGAGAGCGCAGGGCUGAGAGCGACAAGAUGAGCCAGAGCUCCAUGUCGCGAGUCAAUGAUGACCUUGGCGCGUCGGUUGAGCUCGGUCGUGUCAGCUCCCCAAGGAGGAGAUCAGUGGCUGCAUCAUCCGAUGGAUCGCGCCCCAAGUCCAGCAGUGGCGGUGGUAUUGAGCUCGCCAAGAAGCCUGGACUGGGCGUCAAAGACAUGGAACAUGUCAUCUCCAGCCUCCACAAGCAAAAUUUCGACCUCAAGCUCGAACUCUAUCACCGCCGAGAAAAGCAGUCAUUGCUGGAGACAAGCAUCGAGUCUCUGGAAAGAGACAAGCGCCAAACCGAGGAGAUGAACGAAACUCUGCUGGACGAGCUUGAAAAGCGCGACAAGGCUGUGGAGGAGGCCGUUGCUAUGAUUGUUAUGCUCGAGGCAAAGGUCGACCAGCUAGUCAAGGAGCGCAACAUGGUUCUGCAGGUGGAGCAGGAGGGAUACUUCUGCCGCCAAGACAUGGACCAAAAGUAUCUUCGGCCAUCACUCGAGCUUCCCAUUGACGAAACGGGUAGGAAUGGCGACAAAUUCAAAGCCAUCAACCGCGUGCCGAGCUUCUUGUCCGAGAAGAGCGAAAACACCGAAAACCUGCGCAACGUCUAUCUUGGGGUCAAGGGAAGCACGCUCAGCCUUGCACGGGUAACCGAAGGGGCCCAGGAUGCGGAUAACGGCCCAUCCAACGUCCCAGGCAGCCCAACCUUGAGUGUCCUCAGUGAGAGCUCCUUUGCGAGCGUCUAUGGUAAAAAGGGCCGGGACAGCAUCUUCCCUCCACCUGUCGAUCAACCCCUUAGCCUGGAUGGCAUCGACACCAACUUGCAGAUCUUUUCCACCGGCCGUCGAGACACCUCUAGAAAGAUAUCCCCUUCUGGUUUCCCUCCUCGAGCGGCCACCGCCAACCACUUUCUUGGUGGACGGCGCUCCUCAUCUAGCACGCGCCAUUCCAUCUCAGGCGCUGCUACUGUGGACCAGGUUUCCCCUCUGCAGCAAAUUGAGAAGCUGGGUAGAUCCCAGAGCGUGCUGCAGGAGGCUUUCCGUCCCGUGGCCAGCCAGAGCUCAGAUCGACGUCGCUCACAGCCUCCUACUCUAAGGAAAGUCAUGACCGAUGGCCCCGGCACUAUGCGACUUCAUGAUCCAAAUUUCCCUCCCACUCCCGACACUAUCUCAACGUCAACACUCCACCGAAUGCGCAAUUCCAAUGAUUCCCUCGCCAGGCAAGAUAGUCGGAAUGACAGAGCCUCAGUGACCUAUAGCGAUCAGGAUAACCAGUCACUACGAGUCUCAUUCCGAGGAAAGCCUAGCCUUCUACGUGGUGCCGACAAGGCUGCGGGAGGUGAAAAGGAAAAGGAAAAGGCACAUGGCGCCAUCGCGCCUGUGCAACGCCAUCAUCGAGCCGCCAGCGAUACCGCGUCGUUCCAAAAGAAAGAGAACCGAUGGGACAGCACCGACUCUGAUGAGCAAUCUGAAGUCCACUCACUUCGAUCAAGCCUUGACAUUUGGAUGCGAGAGAGCACCAAACCGGAUCUCUUUGGCAUUCCCAGCAGCAAAAAAUCUCAAGGAAUUGACAACGAUGCCGAUUACAUCAACGAGCUCUUCUCUUUGCGCCAGUCUCUCGUUACCAAUACCGCACCACCCCCGCCAGACAGGCGGUCGAGCCUUCAUGCUCGAACAUCCUCAACUACAUCAUCUGUGCGAAACUCGCCCAGGACACUCACUCUUACCAGCACACCAGAGCAGCCAGAGCUUUCGAGCCACUCUAGACGGCAAAGUGACGGCGUGCAAAUGAGAGGUGACCUCCACACACCUGCCCAGUCUCCGACCAUUCCGCAGCACCCGCAAAGCGAGAAAAGGGGCCAAUAUCCCCCGAUUAGCGGCCCUCGUACUGCUCUCAACAGACUGUUCCGUCGCUCCUUGGUUCCCGCCUCGCCGUCCAGCACUCCAGCGAGCGCCACAGAUACCACGUUUGCCGAUACCUACAAGACCGGCCAGGGCGUCAGUCUGCAGCCUUGGCUCAACAGAGAAGGCGAUUUCGACGAUCGGGCGGGAUCAACGCCACCACCCAUCAUGCUCAAGCCCCGACAGAUGAGAAGAAAUACAGUGGGAACCGAAGCAGCCCCGUCGUUUUUACCUUCGUCGACUAGUGCUCCGGUGCGCCUUUCUGAUCUCGUUGUCAAUGGCCGAAGUUCACCAAACAUGAAGAAGCAGGUGGUUGAGCCAGCUACGCCGGCACAAUCGGUAAUUGGAACCAGGAGGAAGUGGCUACCUGGGUUUUCAAGGGCCAGCAGUAGCCUAAGGAACAGGGCCAACUAG